AAGCUUAUCAACAUGGCAGUAUUCAAACCUGAAAACGUGGAAGAUUUCUAUGAGAUCGGAGAUGUUCUGGGAAGUGGGCAUUUUGGUCAAGUUCGAAAGGUUCGUGAGUUGGCUACUGGGACGUUUUGGGCGGGCAAGUUCCUGAAAAUCCGGAAGAACUCGUGCAGCCGUCUGGGCCUGGAGAGGAGCAGCGUGGAGCGGGAGGUGGAGGUCCUCCAGACUGUACAACACCCAAACAUUGUGGCUCUCAAAGAUGUUUUUGAGAGCCGAGCUGAGUUGGUACUCAUUCUGGAGAUUGUCACUGGAGGGGAGCUGUUUGACUUCAUCGCCGAGAAGGAGAACCUGUUGGAGAGUGAAGCCAUUGAGUUCAUGAAGCAGAUCCUGGAGGGAUUGGGAUUCCUGCACAGCAAGAACAUUGCCCACUUCGACCUCAAGCCAGAGAACAUCAUGUUAUCAGACAAACUGUCUCCAAACCCCAACAUCAAACUCAUCGACUUUGGCUUGGCCCACCGAUUUCAUCAGGGGGAGGAAUUCAGAAGCACAAGCGGCACCCCACAAUACAUCGCCCCUGAGGUGAUCAACAGUGAACCUCUGAGCACAGCAGCAGAUAUGUGGAGCAUCGGAGUAAUUACCUACAUACUAUUGAGCGGUUUGUCACCAUUCCAGGGUGACACUGAUCAAGAGACUCUGAUGAACAUCAUCGCCCUGAAGUAUGAGUUCGAAGCUCAGAAUUUCAGUGAGACCAGCUCCAUGGCCAAAGAUUUCAUUGAGAAACUGUUGGUGAAGGAUCCCAGUGAGAGAAUGGCAGCGGAGGAUUGUCUGCUUCAUCCAUGGAUCAAGCCCAUCACACGCAAACAGGAGGCCAAUAGGAAUCGAUCCUCAAUUAAUAUGAAGAACUUUAAGAAGUUCAACGCUCGAAGGAAAUGGAAGAUGUCCUAUAACAUGGUGUGGGUGUGUAACCGGCUGGUCCAUUUGCAGCUGCUGUGUAAAGCCAGCUCAGAUCCAGAUUCACUACAGAGACAAUGUGAAAGCGAUUCAGAGGACACAGAAAGCAAGCCUGCCUCACUGCUUCGGAGGAGACUCAGUAGCAGUUCAUAGAUGUGACCAGAGGGGGGCGGCAGAGUGCAAGAUGCUCAGCACAGCAGACCGGUCCA